GCUCAGCACUAACUACUUCUCCUUCAAAUAAUUACACAACCUCGCUCUCUCAACACUCCUAGAAAGAAAGAGAUACACACACAGAAAGAGAGAUGGCAUCUUCUUGUGGAGUUCUCAAUAGCAGUUUCUUGCCUUUGAUCCACUCUGAUGAUUCAUCCACCUUGUUAUCUCGCUCUACUGCAGCUCUCCCCCUCAAAAAGCAUAAGUUCGCGGUCGUGGCAGCGCUUCAACACGACAACACGAACGAUGUUGUUGCGAGCGGGGAAGGUUUGACGAGGCAGAAAACGAGAUCUCUCAAUUUCACGGGAGAGAAGCCUCCUACGCCGAUUUUGGAUACCAUCAACUAUCCAAUUCACAUGAAAAACCUCUCCAUCGAGGAGCUGGAGAGAUUGGCUGACGAGUUGAGGGAGGAGAUAGUGUACUCGGUGUCGAAAACGGGCGGGCAUCUGAGCUCGAGCUUAGGUGUGUCGGAGCUCACCGUUGCGCUGCAUCAUGUGUUCAACACACCAGAUGAUAAAAUCAUCUGGGAUGUGGGACACCAGGCCUACCCUCACAAGAUCCUCACCGGGAGGAGGUCCAGAAUGCACACCAUUCGGCAAACCUUCGGCCUAGCCGGAUUCCCUAAACGCGACGAAAGCGCCCACGACGCCUUUGGAGCCGGCCACAGCUCAACUAGCAUCUCCGCUGGUUUAGGCAUGGCUGUGGGGAGGGACUUGUUACACAAGGACAACCAUGUGAUAUCGGUCAUCGGAGAUGGUGCCAUGACCGCAGGCCAGGCAUACGAGGCGCUCAACAACGCAGGAUUCCUCGACUCGAAUCUCAUCAUCGUCUUGAAUGACAACAAACAGGUCUCCCUGCCGACAGCCACCAUCGACGGCCCUGCUCCCCCCGUCGGAGCCCUCAGCAAAGCGCUCACCCGUCUACAAGCCAGCAGAAAGUUCCGCCAACUCCGCGAAGCAGCAAAGGGCGUGACUAAGCAGAUGGGAGAGCAGGCCCAUGAGAUUGCAUCAAAGGUGGACACCUAUAUGAAGGGGAUGAUGGGGAAGCCCGGGGCCUCGCUCUUCGAGGAGCUCGGGAUCUACUACAUCGGCCCUGUCGACGGCCACAACAUUGAAGAUCUGGUGUACAUUUUCAACAAGGUCAAGGAAAUGCCUGCGCCAGGGCCUGUCCUCAUCCACAUCAUCACUGAGAAGGGAAAAGGCUAUCCUCCCGCUGAAGUAGCUGCAGACAAGAUGCAUGGUGUGGUCAAGUUUGAUCCCAAAACUGGGAAACAGAUCAAAUCCAAAUCUAACACCAAAUCCUACACUCAAUACUUCGCGGAGUCUCUUGUCGCUGAAGCAGAGGCCGACGACAAGAUCGUGGCGAUCCACGCAGCAAUGGGGGGAGGCACGGGGCUCAACUACUUCCAGAAGCGCUUCCCGGACAGGUGCUUCGACGUGGGGAUAGCAGAGCAGCACGCUGUCACGUUCGCAGCCGGGCUGGCAACAGAGGGGCUCAAGCCAUUCUGCACUAUCUACUCCUCCUUCCUUCAGAGAGGGUACGAUCAGGUGGUUCACGACGUAGAUCUUCAAAAGCUCCCGGUGCGGUUCAUGAUGGACCGGGCGGGAGUGGUGGGGGCCGACGGCCCCACCCACUGUGGCGCCUUCGACACCACCUACAUGGCCUGCCUGCCCAACAUGGUCGUCAUGGCCCCCUCCGACGAGCUCGAGCUCAUGCACAUGAUCGCCACUGCCGCCGCCAUCGACGACCGCCCCAGCUGCGUCCGAUACCCCAGAGGAAACGGGGUCGGCGCGCUUCUCCCGCCUAACAACAAAGGAACCCCUCUCGAGGUUGGAAAGGGAAGGAUCUUAAGAGAGGGGUCCAGAGUUGCAAUCCUCGGAUUCGGUACUAUAGUGCAAAACUGUCUGGCCGCGGCGCAGCUUCUCAACGAGCACGGCAUGUCUGUAACUGUGGCAGAUGCGAGAUUUUGUAAGCCACUCGAUGGAGAGCUGAUCAAGAAGUUGGUGCAGGAGCAUGAGGUUCUCAUCACGGUUGAAGAGGGAUCCAUUGGCGGAUUCAGCGCCCACAUUUCUCAUUUCUUGUCCCUCAACGGACUUCUAGACGGAAGCCUCAAGUGGAGGCCAAUGGUGCUACCAGACAGGUACAUUGAUCACGGGGCGCAGACGGAUCAAAUCGAAGAAGCCGGGCUCAGUCCGAAACACAUUGCGGCCACGGUUGUGUCACUUAUUGGUGGAGCAAAGGACAGUCUUCAUCUAAUCAACAACUUGUGAUCUUAAUUUGGUCAAAAAGGGACAUAGAAUGGUGCCUGAAUGCGACCACACAGCAGCAUUGAUAUCCUCAGAGAUUUUAGUGUUUUAUAUCUCAUGUAAUGUAAUGUAAAUAUGGGGAAUUAUUGCUUUGUAAAACUCUAACCACUCAAGUUGGGCGAGUUUUCUGAAUAAUCAUUCAGGUGCCAACCUUAUGUUUGUAGACACAAAUAAUCUGUAAUCACCCUCAUACUUUUAUUAAAUAAAUUUAUUUGUUCCAUUUUUACA